CUGCUCUGUGUCAUGCAUGUGCUCCUUUUCAAAGUUUUGUAUCGGUUUAGUUCGCAGUUGGAUUGGUGUUUUUGAGAGAACUUAUGUUUGGCUGUAGAUUUGUGAAUGUCGGUCAGAUCCAUGUCACCGAAAUCAUGAUGACUGAUGCACAGAGAAGCACGAGGAGCUGCAGAGGUUUGAAGAAUGAAGAUGGGUAUGAAAUUUCCAUUCCCUUUGAGGAUAAUAGCCUGGAUGAGUCUGGUUUCUGUAAUCAAAAUGACCACACCUUCGAUGAGUCGGCCUCAGGCCAGAUUCCUCCUUGCAGUCCAUACCUUCUGAUUACCAGCCUCCGAGCACAACUGCAGAUUUCUCUGGAAAAAAACUCCUGGCUGCAAAAACGCAUCGAAGAUCUGGAGGAGGAGAGGGACUUCCUGCGCUGCCAACUUGACAGAUUCAUUUUCACCACCAAAAAUCAGGAGAGCAUUGGCAUGAUUGGAAAAGAAACGGAAGCAGAAGCUGAGCCUCAACCCACCACUCAGAAGCAGCCCACCAAUCUGAAGCCACCCCCCCGAAAAACAUCCAUUCCUUCUCCAUCACCCAUGAUGACACGUUCUGGAAAAAUCCCUACAUGCAACCAGAAGCGCAGCAGAAAAACCAGCUACUCAGAUCAAGAAGAGGAGCAGGUGAUUGAGGAGGAAGAGUAUAGAGCGGAGGAAGACUAUGUGGAAGAGGAGCAAGUUUUUACAGAUGAUGAUGACGAUGAGACCGAGCGUAAUAGCACACGUAAGUGUCGUUCAGGCAGGCAGAAUAGCCAGGCGAGGGUGAAAAGACGACGUGUUUUCCGUAUCGCGCGAAGCAUGGAAAGACAAAGAGUUAAAGACCCUGCAGGUGUUCUGCUUCGCUACAAUAAGAUCCUUGUGACCUAUCAGAAGUUGAAGAGCAUGUCUAGAGCAUUCCAGGUCCACGGGGUUGACCGAAACACUGUCGCCUCCACCACUCCUAUCGCUGAAAUGCUUUUGGUUGCUCCUGAGAAGGUAUCUGAAGUUGGUGAGUUUGAUUCCUCCAAGGAAAAACUUCUGGAUUAUGCAAGACGCUGCUAUAAAGCUCUUGACGAGGACGCUCAUGCUAAGGUGCAGUCCUUGAAGAAGAACAACCUCUUGCUGCCCAUUUCAUACAGGUUCAGACGCUACAUUUCCACAAAUGUAUUCCUUUUUUUGGGGGGCCUUUUCUUUUAUGGGCUUUUUAUUUUUUUAUGUUUUUUUUUUUCCUACCUCCAAUUCUAGAUCUACACAUUUGGAGUGAAAAACUGUUCAAAUCCCAACUCUGUGCCAACUCUGUUAAUAAUUGACAAAGUGUGUAGAUUCCAAGAAUGGCAUGUUGACCAAACAUUUGAACAAAUACUGUACAGUUUUGAAAGUUAAAGAGAAAACAUUUAUUUGGGUAAAUAAAUAAAGGGAGAAGAACAAUUGUGAGAUAAACAGUCAGUCACUGUAUAUGAAGGGUUACCUGUCCUUAUUUUGUAUAUAUGCUUGCGUUUCUUAUUGUAAAGUUUGGAAACUCACUCCUUCAAUAUAAGCGACUUUGUCUUGUUUGUGUUCAUAAGUUGGGGAUCAUGCAAGACACCACUUUUCUUUAGUAUCCUGACCCUUGUCAUCACAUUUGGACGAUAUAUGUCAGGCUAAAGAUUAUUGAAUAAAAAUAAAGAUCACAGCUUGCUCCCAUCUAAAAGCAAGAAAAGAAAUUGUUCAGAGUUUCUAAACUUCUUUCUAAAUUUGCUAUCAAAUAAUAAAGGAGCAACUUGUUCUUUGAUUAGUGGCCUUGGCUAUAACAAUCUGCAGUUAUUUCCAUGCAAAACGUAGUGAGAGAAACCCAAAGAACAAAGAGUAGUAGUUGAUGGGUUCAUCUGUUUAUCAUUGAAAUCACUUGGUUUGAAGUGUAAUGCUGUGUUAUUAAAUGACUGUGGCACACCAGUGUGGUGUUAUACUGAUAAAUCAUAUUAGAUUUCACAAUUGAGCAUUACAAAAAAAAAAAAUACAAGCCCUUUCCUUAUUUGUAAUAUGGGACUACUUAAGCACUGUUUUUUUUUUUUUUUUUGUGAUUGACAAAAGGGAAAAUAAAUAUAAAAGUAAAAGUCCAAUCUUUGAGAUUGUUUGCUUAUUUAAAAUAUUAUUUAUGAGACAAUGUUGUUCAACACGUUCCUUUAGUAGUUUAUGGUAUGCCUGUAGAAGAUUAAAUGUAAUAUUAAAACAGUGUUUAUACAUUGCAACGUCAGUUUAAAGGCUUGAAUGACAUUUUUGUUAUUGUGAUCAUGUAUUAUUUUUCUUAUUAUUACUAUUCAUUUCAAAACUGUACCUUGCUGUUAUUAAACAUAUCUCCAACACAGUA